AUGGCAAUUACUGGUAGCUGCAUGUGUGGAGGUGUCCACUACUCUGCUGAUGUGGAUAAGUACCUCGCCGCUCUGUGCCACUGCACUGAUUGUCAGAAGUGGUCCGGCAGUGCCUUCACGUCCAAUGCCGUUGUCCCUCGCUCUAGCGUCAAGGUGACAAAGGGAACCCCAUCGUCCUACGACGCAGUCGGCAACAGCGGAAAGAUCAACAAGCAUUUCUUCUGCUCUAACUGCGGUUCAAGCCUUUACACUGAGCUAGAGGUCAUGCCCGAUAUGACCUGCCUCAAGGCUGGAGGUUUGGAUAACAAAGAAACCAACAUGAACGGCAAGGUCGAUAUUGAGUUCUACGUCAAGGACAGACCUACUUAUCUUGCUUCUGUGGAGGGUGCUAAGCAGGAGCCUAUGUUCGGUUAA